CUUCCGCUUGCCAUGUUAGCAGCUGAGUGAAUCUUGACGGCUAAAAGUGUUGUCAAUCUUAAACAUGGUAGCUCAGUGAAUGUAAUCAUCGGUGCAAACCUGCAAACGUGCCAAAUGUAUAUUAAAAAAAGAAAAAAAAGAAAGAAAAAGAACGCUGAUUGCACAGGACCAAUGGGCCUUUUAUGAUAGCGUUUACAUUAUUUGGCCAACAGAUGGAAACCACAGGUCUCCACGGUGCCUUCAUACGCUCCUCGUAAAUCCCUCACUCUGAGAGAGGCAACGCAGUUAAAUACAUAAUUACUGGCCUGAAUGCAGCACUCAGCACACCGACCAGUUCUGUAUAGGUUUGUUCUGUAUUUUUCUGGGGCGGAGAGUAGGCUGGGCAGAGAGCUGGAAAGUUCGUACCGCUUGUGCGCAUUUGUACAACAAGGUGGUCAACAAGUUGCUUUUUAAAAACCUGGCAGUAGGGAGAGAAUACACGAUCCCAUCAUACCAUACAAGGAUUAUCAUAGCAUGAGAUAUGAAGCAACUAUGCCUUCCAGGAAAACUGUAACAAGUGCUUCAAGCGGCUUGUGCAUGAAGUCCCUGAAACAUCUGGUGGUUUUCUGCUCUCUGUGUUGUUUGAUAUCUGGAUACUCUGAGAGAGAGAGAGUACAUGACUUGAUGUCCAGAUAUCCUCUUAUUGAUGGUCAUAAUGACCUAGCUCUCCAGCUGAGGAUACUUCACAACAAUCGGCUGAGCCAAAUUGACCUGCGUAAUGUUAGCAAAGUGGCCACCGACAUCACCCGUCUCCAAGCAGGCCAUGUACAGGCACAGAUGUUUGCAGUAUAUGUACUGUGUGGGGCCCAGGAGAAGGAUGCUGUGAGGCUGACUCUGGAGCAAAUAGAUGUGGUCAGACGCAUGUGCACUGAGUACCAGGACUUUGAGCUGGUCACAUCUGCUCAGGAGCUCAGGAAUUCUGAAAUGAGGCAUAAGAUAGCCUGUCUCAUAAGUAUUGAGGGGGGCCACUCUAUUGACAGUAGCCUGCCAGCCCUGCGGAUGUUUUAUCAGCUCGGAGUCCGCUCCAUGACUCUCACACAUACCUGCAAUACACCCUGGGCGGAAUCAUCCUCAAAAAUAUAUAAUGUCUAUCAAAGACAGAACAACAGCCUGACACACUUUGGGAAGGCCGUGGUGGAGGAGAUGAACAGACUGGGAAUGAUAGUGGACCUCUCCCACACUUCUUGGGACACAGCCUGGGCCGCACUGAAGCAUUCCAAGGCUCCGGUUAUUUUUAGCCAUUCAUCUUCCUUUUCAAUCUGUAGCCAUGACCGCAACGUACCUGACUGGCUGCUGCAUGAUCUGAAAAAGAAUCAGGGGUUGAUCAUGGUGAAUCUCCACAGCAAAUUCAUAUCCUGCAGUGAUGAAGCAAACAUCUCUCGUGUGGCUGACCAUUUUGAUCACAUAAAGAAUGUGAUCGGAGCUGAGUCAAUAGGAAUUGGAGGGGACUUUGAAGGUGCUGUGAGCUUUCCUCAGGGGCUAGAGGAUGUGUCAAAGUAUCCUGCCCUAAUCCAGGAACUCCUGCAAAGGAACUGGACCGAGAAGGAGUUGGCAGAUGUCCUUCGAAGGAACUUCCUGCGCGUGUUCGAGGAAGUGGAGAGGGUCAGAGAUCAGUUGAGUUUGAAUCGGCCCAGUGAGGUCCAGAUCUCCGUAGAGGAAGUGCAGAACCCGUGCAGGCUGGUCCUCAGACCUCCUGACCCAAGAAGGCCUUCUGACAUGAGUCCCUCCUCCAGAGCCCAAAAUGGACCAAAAGGUCUGCUAAUCCUGGUCAUACUUCUGAUGCUUUCCAGCCUACUUAUGAUUGAAUGAAUGUUUAAAAACUCAGUUCAGCUACUUCUUCUGUUUUAAAGUGCAUAAUUUUUUUUAUAUAAAUAAGGAGAGCUUAAUGAGCUUAAUGAGAUUGUUGUAGCCAUUUACAGGUCAUCCCAGUGCUCCACAGGUCAGUAAAGAUAAGGGGAGAAUCACUUUCUUACCACCAACACAAAAAAGCCCCAUUUGGGAGGCAACUUUUAACAUCUGUAUAAAGUGUGCUUUACAUAUAAAUUAAUGACCAGUCCUCUGAAAGGCACUUUACCAUAAAUUUAGUCAAUUAGUUGUACCUGUGUUGAAAUCACCUCUAUGAAACAUAUGACAUGAAGGAAAUAAUAAUGACACUGAUUAAUAAAACUGCAGAGAUGGCACCUUUAAGUUUUUGAAAUCUCUAUUUUUAGUUUUUGUUUGUUAAGGGUUUUAGUAUCUAUUGUUGACCAGUGAGCAGGUGGUGAGAUCACUAGACACGUAUAGCUUAGGUAAACAGUUUAGCUACACUGCAGUUAAAUGCACAAUGUUGCAUUAUCGUCAUAUUAAAGGUGCUGUAGGUAGGAUUGCGAAGAUCCAGGACUUAGCCAAAAAAU